AUGGUUCAAGUCUCAGAGCGACCUCCUCCCUACUCGGUCGAGAAUCCUUCCUUCCCACCUCCGAUUCAGGGCGACUUUGGUCAUAGAGCAUGGGCCUUCCAGCGUGCGUUCGAGGGCGCCCGUGAGCUGGUCCGAUAUUCGGUUUUGAACACCUUCAGGAUAUGGCAGGCGGACUGGUCAUUUAAGGGCCAGCAGAUCCCGAGGGAACACAUUCAGCAAGCGUACAUGAGCGCCCCGGAGGAUCUGAGGAUGGCGGUUGAGUGGCAGCUUCGAUGGGACACCGCGGCUUGGAUGACCACCGAUUUUGGUCGUCGCUGUCAUGAACAUUUCCGGAAGGAGGAUUCCGGCAUGGAGCAACAGAUCCUGACUAUGGACGAAUUCCUUAACGAGUACGACACUGCCGAGCCUGCUACGCAACAGGCUAUCCUAUUGACCUUCCCAUCGUGGAUGGAAACGAACCAUGGCAUCCAAUGGCCUGUGCCCGAUCGAAGCAAUGUUGGUCAGGCGUAUGAGGCGGCGACUUUGCCGCUGAAAGGCGCAGUAUGCUUCAUCCUCGAGAUUUGCUUUGAGUUCAUGCCACUGGACUCUGCGAGGGAGAUUGACAGGGUUAAGACGCGCUAUCGGCAGAUGAUCACGUCGCAUCAGGUUGAAGCACGAGAAUGGGAUGCGAAAGGACAAGCCCUCGGCUUGUGGUAA